AUGGGGAAACGAGAAGAUCCCCUGUGGAAACUUACCGCCGCUCGAGAACGUGAUGGCAUAUCAAGGAAAUUCCAGAGCCGACUUACCGUCACCCGUAACUUAGUAGACAGACUUGGUCUAGAAAAAGAGCUCCAUGGGCAUAUGGGUUGUGUAAACUGCUUAGAAUGGAGCAAAGAUGGAUCUGUGCUGGCAUCGGCAUCCGAUGAUCUUCAUGUAAUAUUGUGGGAUCCAUUUCGGUAUAAGCAACUACAUAAUAUUACAACUGGACAUACAGGAAACAUAUUUUCUGUAAAGUUUCUAUCGCCGGACAUAGUAGCAACAUGUGCUGCAGAUGCAUCAGUGAGAGCUCGCAAUAUUUAUGGUGGUACAUCACUUUUAGAAUGUGCCUGCCACAGUGCCAGAGUUAAGAGGCUGGCAGUUGCCCCUGAUAAGCCUCAUCUUUUGUGGUCUGCAGGAGAAGAUGGUUUGAUUUUACAACACGAUCUCCGUAUGCCUCACCGCUGCAACUCCGACUGCAGUAAUGUGCUAGUCAAUUUGCUUAACCACAUGGGUCGGUACGCUGAGGCCAAAUGUCUGGCUGUGAACCCGCGCCGGCCAUAUCAGUUAGCCGUCGGUGCUAAUGACUUUUACGUACGACUAUAUGACACUAGGAUGAUAAAACUUGGAAGGUUGCAGGACUUUCAAAUGAACGCGCCCAUGUCUCGCUUAAUGUGGGAACGUCAGAACGUUCGAUGUUCGCGUGCGGGUCAGGGCGACCCCGAUAACAAUAUACCGCGGGCUGCCGUGCAGUACUUCGCGCCCGGUCACUUGUCAAUGGAGCCACAAGAGCACACGUUCCCGAAGAAAGCGGCCACUUACAUCGCCUUCAGUCACGACGGAAAUGAGCUUCUAGUCAAUUUAGGCUCAGAACAGGUAUACUUAUACGAUAUAAAUUCUUCUCGGCGGCCGGUGCUUGUAGAGAGUUUUAUAAUUCAACACAAUCAUGGCUAUCGUGAGGGGGAGAAAGGGAAGAAUGGGACGAGUGAGGCUAAAAAUGGGACCAACAAUGGGACAGUGCCAAAGGAGGGUGGUAAUGGUACUGUGGACCAAAACUUGCCGGAUAACGUUAGACAGAUGAAGGAAGCGGCAAAUGAUCUCGUGAACAAAAGCAAUUACUCAGGCGCAGUGACCCUUUACAAUCUGGCGAUAGCCGAGUGUCCCGACUGUGCCAUUCUCUACUCCAAUAGGGCCGCUGCCCUCAUGCGAAGAGGAUGGACCGGCGACACAUACGCGGCCAUACGCGACUGUUACACAGCCAUAAAGCUAGACUCCAGUCACGUGAAAUCUCACUUCCGCCUCGCGAAAGGCUUGAUGGAUUUAAAAAGGGCACGCGAAGCUCACGAGUGCCUGCUUUAUUUCAAAGACAAGUUUCCUAAACACGCGACUAGUCAUGCGGUGUUCUUAUUACAAAAGGAUAUUGGUGAAGCUCUAGAGUCUAUGGAAACUCAGCCGGAUGAGGCUACUGAUGAAGAAGGUCAAGGAGGAAGUGCCUUAGAGCGUCAACUUCGCAGUUCAGCGUUGGACUAUUCCAGUCGCUUCUUGGGUCAUUGCAAUACGACCACAGACAUCAAAGAAGCCAAUUUCCUUGGACCCGAUGCCAACUAUCUCGCUGCUGGCUCUGAUGACGGCAGUAUGUUCGUAUGGUGUCGUCGUUCGGGCAACAUAGUGCGAUGUCUUCGGGCUGACGAGUCCAUUCUGAAUUGCGUGCAGCCUCAUCCCACAUUGUUCCUUCUCGCAACUAGCGGCAUCGAAGCAGUUGUACGGCUUUGGAGUCCAGCGCCUGAGGAUGGCAGCACUGAAAGUCGAUUAGUGGACGGCCCCACAGCAUCAGCGGUAAAUCAGCAGCGCAUGCGCAGCGAUCCUUUUGAGGCCAUGCUGCUCAACAUCUCCUUCGCUGGUGGACCAGAGAGGGACAUCCAGUCACCAGUUUGCCGUGCCACGUGA